AUGUACAGAUUAAACCUAUUUCAUUUAAUAUUUUUGGCAACAGUGGUGCAAAUUACUGUUGCAUUACGAGAAGGGGAAUGUGAGGUUUGCAUAAAGACUAUUGAUAAAUUCGCAGCCACGUUAACAGAUGAAGUGAAAAAGGAGCCAAAAAAGAUCGAGGCUGAAUUCAAGAAAUUCUGUAAAGGUACUAAAAACAAGGAAAAUAGGUUUUGUUAUUAUUUAGGAGGAUUAGAAGAAUCUGCGACCGGCAUUCUGGGUGAAUUGUCAAAACCACUGAGUUGGUCCAUGCCAUCCGACAAAAUUUGCGAAAAGCUGAGGAAAAAAGAUGCACAAAUUUGUGAUCUGAGGUUCGACAAGCAGAUAGAUCUCAACACUGUUGACCUCAAGAAACUAAAAGUACGAGACUUGAAGAAAAUCCUUAACGACUGGGAUGAGAUUUGUGAUGGUUGCAUUGAAAAAACUGACUUUAUCAAAAGAAUAGAGGAGCUUAAACCUAAGUACAUGGGGAGAUCUGAUUUGUAA